AUGAAGAGCAUUCUCAUUCUCACUUCGGCGACUCUCGCCGUUGCGCAAACGAGCACAUCCAGGGCUCCCUGCGCAAUUAUCGCGUCUAGACUUGCGGAUCCUGUGGCUUCGGUGGUACCAGCCGUUGAAGCGUUCAACUGCCUGGAUUCUGUGCCUGUCGACACUGAAGGAAACUCCAAGCUCAUCGACCAGCUCAAGCAAGUAUGGCAAUUUCACUCAGAGAUUGGCUGGCUAAAGAACCCUGGAAACGACUGGGAAUAUGGUCCUCUGGACAUCAUGGGCGAGUUGGACGAGAUCAAGUCCAAUCUGGGAUCAUAUGAGAGCGAGUAUGCGGUUCAGUUGGCGAUCCAAAACAUUACAAUCCGCACUGGCAACUUCCAUUUCAGCUACUAUCCCGAUAUACUCCAAAUAUUCAACUUUCAAAGAAGGUUUAGAGUCGCCUCCAUCUCUACAGACGGUAAAGCCCUCCCCAAACUGUACGUUCACGAGGAUGUCGCAGCCCUUACCGAUGGCGACGAUAGCGUUUCCGACAUCAAGUCGAUCAACGGCAUGAAUCCCUACGAUUUCCUCAUGGAAAAUGCCCACUCACAGUACAUCGAUUCGGAUGGGCGGAUGAAUAGGAUGUUUGCCAAGGGUGAUACCGACCACGAUGGUGCGUUUGCGCUUCAAACCAAGUACGAUGGCAACAGCACCGAUGUUGUUUGGACCAACUCGUCAGAAGCGUCCGUCUUGAACAUCGCAGUCAGCAAGUUGAACUUUGAAGGCGUCGUUGAUGGAGAGACCUUCUUCAAGAAGUUCUGUACUGGAGCGCUCACAGGCGCAAAGUCUAGCAGCUCGAGCGACAAGGAGAAAGAAGUCAUUUCCCCUGGUAUCCUUGGUCCUGUGCCUACCAUUCCUAUCGGCACCUACCAUCUCGGCCCCCGAGCCAAACGUCAGAAUAUCCCCUCUAUUGGAGCAUAUGCCAGUGCUGUUGCCGAGGCCAAAACCGGUACCGUCGCCGGGUACUUCUUGACAGGCAGCGGUUUCAGUGAUGUUGCUGUUCUCAAGAUUAUUUCCUUUAGCAACCCCGACGAAACCAAGUUCACCGAAACUGACUUCAAUAACGACUUCCAAGCUACAAUUGAGUCUUUUCUCCAGAAAUGCAUCAGCGAGAACAAGCAGAAGCUCAUCAUUGAUCUCCGCGAGAACGGCGGAGGCAACGCCAACCUUUUGAUCGAUGCUUUCAUGCAACUCUUCCCUGACAUGGAUCCAUUCUCCGCACAAAGAUACAGGACUACCGAAGCGUUCACUAAAAUUGGAGAUGCUAUUAACGAGGUGUACACUAACUCCGAACUUGCCAACAAGUUUCAGACCGGCUUUGAUAUAGACAUUCAGAAAGUUGAAAUCUUCCGAUACUGGGCCUGGUGGCACUUCCGUACUGCCAAGGGCAACAAUUUCGACAGCUGGGAUCAAUUCAAUGGACCGCUAGAUUUGAACAAUGACAGGUUCACCACCACCUUCCGUUACAACUACUCCAAUGCGGACCGCCUCUCGAUUCUACCAGAUGGCUUCAACUUCGUUGAAGGCUCUCGACCAACUGCUUUCCAGCCUUCCAAUGUUGUCAUGUUCACAGAUGCACUCUGUGGUUCAUCAUGUGCUUCGUUCCAUGAGGAACUCAAAAACAUUGCUGGCGUCAAAGCUGUCACUGUCGGUGGGCGACCCCAGAACAAGCCCAUCCAAACCAUUACUGGCAGUAAGGGUGGAGAAGUCAUUCCUCUCAUCAACUUUGUUAAAGUAGCAUUUAACGUCCUCAAUGUCUCCUCUACCAUUGGCCUCACUUCUGUCAAGAGCGAUGAUGACUCCAUCACCGCCGUUGCUGACGUGCCUAAUGUCGCCAUCCGUGUCGGCGACUCCUCAUCUCGGGCUCAGUCCCAAGAUCAGGUUCGCAAGGGUGACAGGACCGCAACUCCUCUGCAAUACAUCUACGAAGCAGCUGAUUGCCGCAUCUUCUACACUGCCGAAUCCUACGCUAAGCCUGUUGAGGCCUGGAAGCAGGUCUGGUCCGCGCACUUGGACAACAGCAAGUGUGUGGAGGGCUCUACCGGCCAUAAAAGCAGUAUCAGUGGCGGGUACAAGCCAUACGGUUCAACUCAGCUCAAUUCGGAGGAUGAGCCACCCGGUUCUGGAUCCGACUCUGGGAAAAAUGCUGCCAACUCUAUCAAGCAAGAACCGUUGGGCAUAGCGCUUCUCGCUGUCUUAUUAGCGCUUAUAAUAUAG